CUAAAGAGGGAGUGACAGUUUUAGUUUCUGAUGUACGAGUGAACACGCUGCAGCUCCAUGCACUGGUUUAGAUUUAUAUAUAUUUUCUUAUUUAUUUGUGUCGUAGCAGAAGAAGUCAGAGCCGAGUUCUCUCUGGAGCUCCAGAAGCAAAUAUGUUUGCUUGAGCGGUCUGCGGCCUCCGUCAUGAAGGAAGAGAUCGCUGCGGCCGUGUUCUUUGUCGCUCGCCUGGUGAAGAGGUAUGGUUGUCUGGAUAAUGACAGCAGGGACCGGUUUGCCGCUGCCCUCACCUCCGUUCUGUUUGAAAACUACAAGAACCACUGGUACCCGAAAGCACCGACCAAGGGACAGGCCUACAGGUGUCUGCGUAUGAACCGGGAGCAGCUGAGGGAUCUGGUUCUUCAGCAGGCCUGCAGGCAGAGCGCGGUGCGGUACGAGGAUCUGGGCCUCCCCCUGGAGAUGACGGUGUGGGUCGACCCCGGAGAGGUGUCCUGCAGGUACGGUGAACACAGCACUCCAUUCUGCGUCUCGGUGGUUAACGGUUGUCGACGGGGAGAUGGCGAGUUUUCCCGGCGCAUUCAUGACGCCGUGGAGCGGGCGAGCCUCGACGUCCAAUCGGGAAGCUCUUCAGACGAGGAGGAAGGGGGCGGAGACAACAGCAUGAGUAGCGGCAGCAGCCUCUCGACUCUGUGCUCCUCUCAGGCCCCGCCCACAAAUCCUGAGCCCAAAACCAUCCCGACAGUCAGCAACCCCAACAGCGUGUACAGGUUCAGCGAGUUCUCUCCAGGAGCUCCUCAGCAGUGGCUCAGGGAGAAGAGGAAGGCCUUUGGCGGGGAUGCUUACCCCCCUCACCCUCCCCCGCCCCUUCAUCCUCCUCACCCUCCUCACCCUCCUCUCCCCCUUCACCCUCCUCACUCGCCCCCGGCCUCAGUUCCCACCUCCCAGUUCUCCAACCAGAAAGGCUUCAAGUCCUAUCGAGCCACGUUCACCUUCACCGGGCCACGCGUCGACAAGUACCACUGGGUCAGCAAGUCCCGAUCCUAGAGUGAGUCGAGCCUCAGCGAACGGGAUCGGGAUCUACCGCUUGGGGCUGGGGACCAGGGAGGACAGCCGUGAUGCUGGAUCAGAGAACCUGUUCAGCAGGAUUAAAAAAGUGUUGGGACAGUGAAUGUAGUCUUUAUCUAAUGUGGUUUAAAGUGUAAUGAUUUAAAGUUAUGCUGAUUAAGCAUGUUUUUUGUUUUUUUUUAAGUUAUAUACUAAUCAACUAAUUUUAAAUAAUUCUCUAUGUUUUUUAAAACUAAAAUUAAUGUGAGUGUGAAUAAAGUAACAUUUAACUUUGCUCUUUCA